CGUGCGCUGUGGGCGCACGGCAGUCACGUGGCGCUAAGAUGGCGGCCUCCGGAGCUGUGGAGGAGAUGCGGACCCGCGUGGUGCUCGGGGAAUUUGGGGUCCGAAACGUUCAUACCACGGACUUUCCGGGAAAUUACUGCGGCUACGAUGAUACCUGGGACCAGAGUCGCUUCGAGAAGGAAUUCCGCGUGGAUGUGGUGCACAUGGAUGAAAGCUCGCUGGAAUUUGACAUGGUUGGGAUCGAUGCUGCCAUUGCCAACGCGUUUCGGAGGAUCUUAUUAGCCGAGGUUCCAACUAUGGCUGUGGAAAAAGUCUUCGUGUACAACAACACAUCCAUUGUUCAGGAUGAGAUACUGGCCCAUCGUUUGGGACUCAUUCCCAUUCGUGCCGAUCCCCGUCUUUUUGAGUACCGCAACCAAGGUGAUGAAGAUGGUACUGAGAUAGACACAUUGCAGUUUCAGCUGAAGGUCAAAUGUACCCGUAAUCCUCAAGCUGCCAAAGACUCCUCUGAUCCCAAUGAACUUUAUCUCAAUCACAAAGUAUACACAAAACACAUGACAUGGAUACCCCUGGGAAACCAAGCAGAUGUUUUCCCAGAAGGUACCAUUCGUCCUGUGCAUGAUGACAUCCUCAUUGCUCAGUUACGUCCUGGCCAAGAGCUUGACCUACUCAUGCAUUGUGUCAAAGGCAUUGGCAAAGACCAUGCAAAAUUUUCUCCUGUAGCCACUGCCAGUUACAGAUUGUUGCCAGAUAUCACUCUUCUCCAGCCAGUAGAGGGGGAAGCAGCUGAGGAGCUGAGCCGAUGCUUUUCACCUGGUGUUAUUCAGGUGCAGGAUGUCAAAGGAAAAAAAGUAGCCACAGUUGCCAACCCUCGUCUGGAUACCUUCAGCCGAGAGAUCUUUCGGCAUGAAAACCUUAAGAAGUUGGUACGGCUGGCCCGAGUGCGGGAUCACUACAUAUUCUCAGUGGAAUCAACAGGUGUCUUGCCCCCUGAGGUUCUGGUGAGUGAAGCCAUCAAAGUUCUAAUGGGAAAAUGUCGGCGCUUCAUGGAUGAACUGGAUUCAGUUCAGAUGGACUGAAUUUUCUUGCAGUGAAUUAGUGGGAGACAACACCUGGAUGGAAAGAUGGUUCAUCUUGUGGGGAAGCUCCACUCUAUCCAAAACUGACCGGUGAUUCCUGAAAAGACUCCUAAGAGAGACUUGCUGGGCGUGGGUUUGGGGUCUGGUCUUUCUGAUUGCUCUUUUGAAGUGUCAUCUGUGCAAUGAAAAGAUCUGGCAUACUAUUUGCAACAGUA